GGCGAUCAUAGAGUCCUGACAUCUAAUCUAGUGAUGCACAAUAAGCAAGUCCUACGAAGCAAAGGCAAGGAUAUAAAAGUCUUUUUCAGCUGAACGUUGCAUUAAAAAGUUGUCCUAGUUGUCUUUUUGAGGUGGCCGCAACGUGUCAACCGAGUACAACAGUAAAAAUGACCAAUACCAAAUAGCGCAUUAAUGCAGCAUGCUUUUCAGUUGAGUCGAGCCUAUACUACAUACGUUUUUUUAACCUAUCUUAAUUCCUUCUAUUACACCCAUUUCGUUACCGUUAAGCCCCUUCAUUUCCUCAUUAAUUACCAAAUUAACACUCUUCUUUACUACCGCGCUCUCACCGUUAUUCAUAUCUCACUUCUUCCUCUCCUCUCCUCUCCUCUCCCAUUCUCUUAUCUCUCUCUCUCUCUCUGCAACAAUGGCGAUUACAUUCUCUUCUCACAUUGUUCUUCUUAUACUUUUCCAUUUUCUCUUCACUGUUCAAUGUUCCAUGAGCCCGGAUUUCCAAGCUCUUCUAUCUUUCAAAACCGCUUCAGACACAUCCAAAAAGCUCUCAACUUGGAACACCACCACCGACCCAUGUACUUGGGACGGAGUUUCUUGCAUCAGAAACCGAGUAUCCCGACUCGUUCUUGAAAACCUCGACCUCCAAGGCUCCAUAGAACCGUUAACCUCUCUCACUCAGCUCCGAGUUUUGAGUCUCAAAGGAAACCGCUUCUCCGGUCAAGUUCCGAGUCUCUCCAACUUCACUUCCCUGAAACUUCUCUUCUUGUCUCACAACCAUUUCACCGGCGAGUUCCCGUCGAAUGUGUCGUCUCUUUUCCGACUCAACCGUCUCGAUCUGUCAAAUAACAACUUCUCCGGUGAGAUUCCGGCGACGGUCAACCGUUUGACUCACCUCCUCACUCUCCGUCUCAACGAGAAUCAGUUCACCGGCGUCAUUCCCGAAAUAAACCUUCCCGGUCUUCAAGACUUCAACGUCUCCGGCAACCAUCUCUCCGGCGAGAUACCGAAAACUCUGUCGGGUUUCUCCGAAUCCUCUUUUGGGCGAAACCCAUUUCUCUGUGGAGCUCCGUUAGAGAAAUGUGAAGCGGAACCUAAGAAACCCGGAUCCGAAGGUGCCAUUGCUUCACCAUUGGUACCAACGGUUUCAUCUUCACCAAGCACAAUGCCAACAACAACAACAACACCAAAAAGUAAAAGCCAUGAAAAAAGAGCGUCAAAAAUGAAUCCGGUAGUAUUGUUAGCGAUUAUAGUUGGCGAUGUUCUUGUUCUUGGAAUAGUGUGCGCUCUUCUUUAUUGCUAUUUCUGGAAAAACUACUCUUCAAAAUCGAAGGAAAGAAAAGGGUUGAAGCUAUUCGAAAGCGAAAAGAUAGUGUAUUCGUCGAGUCCAUAUCCUGCACAAGGAGGGUUUGAGAGGGGUAAAAUGGUAUUUUUCGAAGGAGAGAAAAGAUUUGAACUUGAAGAUUUGCUGCGUGCUUCAGCUGAAAUGUUAGGGAAAGGUGGGUUUGGAACGGCUUAUAAAGCUGUUCUUGAUGAUGGAAAUGUUGUUGCUGUGAAGAGAUUGAAAGAUGCACAGAUUGCAGGGAAGAGGGAAUUUGAACAGCAUAUGGAAGUUCUUGGAAGGAUAAGGCAUCCUAAUGUUGUUAGUUUGAGAGCUUAUUAUUUUGCAAGAGAGGAGAAGCUUUUAGUCUAUGAUUUCAUGCCUAAUGCCACUUUGUUCUGGCUUCUUCACGGAAACCGAGGCCCAGGACGAAGCCCACUGGACUGGACCACAAGGCUGAAGAUAGUAGCUGGAGCGGCACGUGGCGUGGCUUUCAUUCACAACUCGUGUAAAUCACUUAAAUUAACUCACGGUAACAUCAAAUCAACCAACAUUCUCCUUGAUAAAGAAGGAAACGCUCGCGUUUCAGAUUUUGGGCUUUCAAUUUUCACCGGCCCAAGCCCAAAUGGAAACAGAUCAAACGGUUACCGUGCACCUGAAGCAAUAGACGGUAGAAAACAAUCACAAAAAUCGGACGUGUACUCUUUUGGUGUUCUGUUGCUAGAGGUUCUGACAGGGAAGUGUCCCUCUGCUGUGGACAAUGGUGGAAGUGGUUAUGGUGGGGGGGUGAUGGAUCUUCCAAGGUGGGUGCAAUCAGUAGUUAGAGAGGAAUGGACUGCUGAAGUAUUUGAUUUAGAGUUGAUGAGAUAUAAAGAUAUUGAAGAGGAAAUGGUGGGUUUGCUUCAGAUUGCUAUGUCUUGUACUGCUGCUGCACCUGAUCAACGGCCAAGGAUGUUCCACGUGGUUAAGAUGAUUGAGGAUUUGCGUGGGGUUGAAGUGUCACCUUGUCAUGACACGUUGGAUUCUGUUUCUGAGUCACCUUCAUUGUCUGAAGAUGCUUGUGGUGGUACUAGUUAGUAUAACUUUGGAAUUGAGAGGCUUUUAUUUUAUCAUUGUUAGAGGGAUUAGGUUCUAUGGUAUUGUAAAGCACAUUGUUGGGGGUUUUAUUUUUCAAAUUUUGGUUUUUUUUUAAUGAUCCUUAAUCUCAUUUUCCUAAAUGCCUAGUUAAAGUUUCAUUCAAGGUUUGUUUUUUGCUAAUUAAAGUAGUGGGGAAAUGGCUAAUAAAGGUUGAUUUAAUAAGUAAGGAUUCAAUUCAUAUUUCACAAGAA